UUCUAUCAGGGCAUCUUUUCUCAAAAUUUCAACUCGUAAUAUUUAUUUUAUAUUUAUUUAUUUAUUUUAUCAUUUUUCCUAAAUAAGAAACGCAUUUCAUUUGUUGAAAAUGAUCAGAAAUAUGUUAAAAUGGAGUAGAAAAAGAGUUUUUAUUACAUUUUUUUCCCGAAAGCGAGAUGUAAAAAUUCAUUGACUAGUCAAAGUAAAGAAACAAGGAAAGUUUCCAAAAAUAGGGUCUUUAAUGAAACAUCUGAUCCUAAGCAGGACACGCAAAUAUUUCUAUAUAUAUCCAUUCUAUUUUUAUUUUAAAAUUUAUUAAUAAUAAUUGUCAUUUGUCGUGUUUCUAGGUAACACCGUCAUCAUCGUUACUUAUUACAGCAUCUGCACUUGCUCAACUUCCACUUCCACUUUAUUACACUUCUCAAUUAUACAUCUAUUAGGGUUAGGGUUUCCAUUUCAACCAUUACAGAAACACAUAUUUCCAUUUAUAUCUUAUCAAUAAUAUUUUAUUGAAGCUCACUGUACUUGUUUAGUCAUGGCGGCGCCGCUUCAAGCUCGUCCGUACAAUAAUAUGCAAGUUGAUGAUGACGACGACGUCGUUGAGUACGAAGAAGAAGCUGCUUUUGAUGAUGAUUAUAUUGAUGAUGAGAUUGAUGAUUGUCGCGUGGCGGAUGUGAAUACGACGCCGCAGCGCCACCAGCAGCUUAGUUAUAAUAUUAGUGGUAGUGGUGGCCUUGUGGUGGCGUCGCGGACUAGUGAGCUUAGUCUUGCUUUCGAAGGGGAGGUUUAUGUGUUUCCGGCUGUUACUCCUGAGAAGGUGCAAGCUGUGCUCUUGCUUUUGGGGGGACGUGAUACACCUGUUGGAGUGCCCCCUGAAAUUUCUUUUGUUCCGGACAACAGGGUCAUGACUGAUUCACCAAAACGUUCAAAUCUUUCAAGGAGAAUAGCAUCUCUUGUUAGGUUCCGUGAAAAACGGAAAGAGAGAUGCUUUGACAAAAAGAUAAGGUACACAGUCAGGAAAGAGGUUGCUCAGAGGAUGCACCGGAAAAAUGGACAAUUUGCGUCCCUGAGAGAAGACUGUCGGUCUUCUAAUUUGGAUUCUCAAAGGAGUUUGCCCCAAGGAGAUGGUUCGUGUCAUUUAGAAACUUUAAAUCUCCGCAGGUGCCAUCAUUGUGGUGUUAGUGAAAGUUCUACUCCUGCUAUGCGUCGUGGACCCGCCGGACCAAGGACAUUGUGUAAUGCAUGUGGGCUUAUGUGGGCCAAUAAGGGAACAUUAAGAGAUCUCCGUAGAGGAGGAAGGAAUCAUCCGGUUGAUCAAGUUGAACUGGGAACACCAGCGAAAAUCAAGCCUUUACUUCUUGAAGACCAACAUUAUGCUGGAACUGUUGAUGAUUUAGUUAUUCCAGAAGAUCCUUCCAAGGCUAUUGUUGAAGUAGCAAAUCAUCAUCAAUCUAUCGACCCAGAUAAAGAUUUUCCCGAUACGGCUGAAGCGCUUGCCAAAAGUUUGCCUAUUGAAAUUGGCAGUCCCUUGGGCACCCUUGAUCAGGAUACGCUUGUUGACUUUGCAGAUACUUCAGAAGCAGAGAUGGAUAUUCCUACUAACUUUAAUUAGUUUGUUUUCUUAAAGACAAACAGAACAUGUAUAGAAACUUGCGUUGUAGUUCUCUCUGUUGUGUGUGUUUGUACAGAUUACCUGAGGGCCAUGGCCAGUCCAAAUAGAGUUCUUUGUUGCAACAAUUUUAAUGUGUAAUUGUUUUAUGAUAAAUGCGUCAUUUUGUCCUAUUUUCCCAAAA